GCGCAGAGCCGGAGCAGGAGCCACGGCCGACAGGAGGGAGGAGGAGGAGGAGGUGGAGGAGGCGCCGGACCAAGGGGGAUAGAUUCCCAGAAGUGGGAUAACUGGAUCAGAGGGUGAUUACCCUGUGUAUAAGAGUGUGUGUCUCACUGCACCUUCAAUGGCAUUGAGUAGAUUAUCAGUAUUUAAACAGUCGAUAUCAUGCAUGAGUACAAGCUAGUGGUCCUUGGUUCAGGAGGCGUUGGGAAGUCUGCUCUGACAGUUCAGUUUGUUCAGGGAAUUUUUGUUGAAAAAUAUGACCCAACGAUAGAAGAUUCCUACAGAAAGCAAGUUGAAGUAGAUUGCCAACAGUGUAUGCUCGAAAUCCUGGAUACAGCAGGGACAGAGCAAUUUACAGCAAUGAGGGAUUUGUAUAUGAAGAAUGGCCAAGGGUUUGCACUAGUAUAUUCUAUUACAGCUCAGUCCACAUUUAACGACUUACAGGACCUGAGAGAACAGAUUUUACGGGUUAAGGACACAGAAGAUGUUCCAGUGAUUUUGGUUGGCAAUAAAUGUGACCUGGAAGAUGAGCGAGUAGUUGGCAAAGAACAAGGCCAGAAUUUAGCAAGACAGUGGUGUAACUGUGCCUUUUUAGAAUCUUCUGCAAAGUCAAAGAUCAACGUUAAUGAGAUAUUUUAUGACCUGGUCAGACAGAUAAAUAGAAAAACACCAGUGGAAAAGAAGCAGCCUAAAAAGAAAUCAUGUCUGCUGCUCUAGGCCCGUAGUCAGCAGCAGCUCUGAGCCAGAUUACAGGAAUGAAGAACUGUUGCCUAAUUGGAAAGUGCCAGCAUUCCAGACUUCAAAAAAUAAAUCUGAAGAGGC